CGCUUUUUCAAACGAGUUAUUAAAUAGAAAUUCUUCAAUUUUCAGGUCUAAAAUAUUAAAGAUAAAGUUAUCUCACCACCUAGGACCUGAUAUUGAAUUUAUAAGAAGUAACAGAAAUAUUAUGUGCUCGUUCAAGAAGGUACAAUUAUCAAGCAUAGGGCUAUUAGGACAUCUUGAAAGUGUCACCCAAUUACAAGGGAUCUUUUCUGAAACCAAUUCUUUAUAUUUAUAUUCUGAUGGUUUUUGUGAAGCAGUGUUAAACGCAGCUUUAUUAUUAUUUCGAUGUGAAAAUAUCAAAGAACUUCAACUAUCAUAUAGCGGAUAUUACCCAUAUUUGGUGAACUCAAUGCCCAAUUUGAAAACACUUGUCAUGAACGACGACCGUUACAUUAGAAGAUGUCAGUUUGAACAAUUCUCCAAGGCUCCACUUCAAAAUGUUUGUAUAAAUGUUUGUAUAUCUCCUCAAUUAGCGUAUAUUAAAGAGCAUUGCAAUUUAGUCAAGAAUUUACUUAAUUAUUUUGGAUCAAGCCUUGUGAUUGUAAAAAUUAGUAUAACAUGUCAACCAACAACCUUACAAACAAUUGACUUGUUCUUCUAUAGAAGUAAGUAUGAUUACGGUAUUGACUAUAUUGAGAUUAAGCAAGAAAUAAGAAACUUGGUGGACUGGAUAAAAAUUAAUAUAGAUGAUUUUCCAAAGCUUCAGUAUUUUACUUUCUACAAUUACCUGUUUGUAAUAGACAGACAAGUUGAACCAUGCCACUGGAUAGAACUUAGUCGUCAAGAGUUGUAAAAAAGCUUUUCAUUAUUAAACUAUUGCGUGUGGUGGAAACUCCAAUAUCCGAUUCUCUUGGGUUAUAAUUCGUAGCACAACAACUUUAAUGAAAACUUGUUCAUUAACGCUAAGUAUCCAAACCUCAAUACACAUUAGUACCACAGUUAACCGAGAGUAAUACUGUAGUUAAUUUUCUAUGCAAAUUUUACUAUAACAUUACAAACAAGUAUCCACAUGCCUUGAAUCCAUAUACAAGUUGAGCAUAACUUGAUUUGCUAGGGGUUGAUGCAUCCAAUUUACGAAUGCGUCAAUAAGUAAUUAUAAUUGCUAUUAAGGAAACAGAUAUGAGAUGCGCUGCACACUUUAUUUUUAU